AUGAUAACGUCGUUGAAAAUUCGCGAGGGUCGUAGCAAUGAUCCUGUGGCCACUAAAACACGUUUAGGAUGGAGUGUUUAUGGGAAACAGGCAUCUAAUACUAGUACAAUUGAGCAGCUGAAUAUACAUGUAGAAAAGGACAUAAGCAAUGAAGAGUUACAUCACAAAAUGGGCCAAUUUUUUGAGAGUCAAAAUAUGAGCGAAUCACGUGCGGCAGAAUCGGAAUCCGAUAAACAUUAUAUCGAAAAGGGUUAUGCCCACAUUGCUACUGACGAUGAAAAGAAUAACACUUGUCCGGAAAGAAUCUGGCAUUUACCUCUUGGCGUGGUUAGAAACCCUAAGAAACCAGAAAAGAUCCGUUUAAUUUGGGAUGCAUCAGCGAAGCGUAGUGUCGCAGUCUCUGGAGACAUCAAAGAGAUGUUUCACCAGGUUCGAAUCAGGGCGCCUGAUAAACAAUCUCAAAGAUUUCUGUUUCGCUACAACAACAAUACUGAUCUACAAAUAUACGUCAUGGACGUAGCCACAUUUGGCGCGACGUGCUCACCUUGUAUCGCGCAGUACGUUAAAAAUAAAAACGCUGAAGAAUUCGCCCCUCUGUACCCCGAGGCAGCAAAAGCCAUCAUCGACUCACACUAUGUCGACGACUACCUUGAAAGUUUGGACACGUUAGAAGAAGCAAUAAAACGUGUGCACGAAGUGAAAUUCAUACAUAAGAAAGGAGGGUUCGAGAUCAGAAACUUCCUAUCGAACUCAUCAGAAGUCCUGCGACAAUUAGGUGUCGUUCAAAGUUCCUCGGACAAAUCCCUCAACCUUGAAUCUAGUCUGGAAAAUCAAAAAACAGAACGCGUCUUGGGAAUGUUGUGGAAGCCAAAGGAUGACAUAUUCUCUUUCAACACGACGUUUUACGACGAAAAUCAGAUUAAUGACUACCAUAAUCCGCCGACCAAGCGCCAGGUUCUAAGAACAAUCAUGCGCCUAUUCGAUCCAUUAGGUUUGGUUGCACAUUACGUAGUCCAUGGGAAAAUCCUGAUGCAGGAAAUAUGGAAGUUCGGAUCAAAUUGGGAUGAAGAAAUUCCUGUCGACCUAAUGGAUAAAUGGAUCAGAUGGAGUCAAUUGUUGCCAAACCUAAGUUCAGUGGAAGUUCCAAGAUGCUUUUUUAGUGGUGUUAAAAUCGGUAGUCUAGAAGACCUACAACUACACAUUUUUGUUGACGCAAGCGAAGCUGCGUAUGCAGCUGUGGCGUAUCUUCGCGCAAUGAUUGAGGACCAAAUUCACGUAUCGAUGGUCACGGCAAAAACGAAGGUAGCACCAUUGAAACCUUUAUCCAUCCCUCGACUUGAACUCCAAGCUGCAGUUCUCGGAAGUCGCAUAGCUCAAAACAUCAGCUCGUCUCUAGAUUUAGAAAUAAAAAAACGCGUGCUGUGGUCCGAUUCUAUGACGGUACUGGCGUGGCUGAGAUCAGAUAGUCGACGGUUUCAUCAAUAUGUAGCAGUCAGGGUAGGCGAAAUUAUAACGCAUACAAGAGUCGACGAAUGGCAUUAUGUUCCGUCCAAGCACAAUGUGGCAGAUGAGGCAACAAAAUGGGGACUAGGACCAAGUUUCUCCGCUCAAAAUUGGUGGUUCACAGGACCAGAUUUCCUGAAACAACCUGAAACUGAUUGGCCGAAACAACUGAAUCCACCAAUUCAUACGGAAGAAGAACUUAGGGCAAUGUUUUUGUAUCACGGAGCAACAGCAGCAGAUCCUGUAAUAAAUCUCGACGCUUUUUCCAUGUGGAGACCUUUACUUCGCCGAGCAGCAUAUGUUAUUCGAACCGUAAAUAGAUUCCGCAAAACGUUCAGAUCUGGGCCGCUCACUUCGGGCGAGUACGAAGCAGCAGAAAAUCUUCUAUGGCGCCAGGCGCAGGUGGAUGCGUAUCCAGACGAAUAUGCUGCACUCGAGCAGAGCCGAGAAUCUAAUAUUCAAACUGCAAUGGCGAAGUCAAGUCCGUUGUACAAGCUUUCACCUUACUUAGACGAAUACGGAGUGAUAAGGAUGAACAGCAGAAUUGGGGCUGCCCCUAAUACCCCAUUCGAAGCUAAGUAUCCUAUCAUUCUACCUCAACAACACCGCCUCACGAAACUUCUUAUUGACAGCUAUCAUCGACGUUAUUUACACGGAAACAACGAGACUGUAGUCAACGAGAUGCGUCAAAGGUUCUUCAUCCGUGGACUUCGAAACCAGGUCAGAAAGGUCGGCGCAGAGUGUCCAACUUGCAUCGUUGAGAAAGCUAAGCCACGGCCGCCAAUGAUGGCCCCGCUUCCCCGAGUUCGACUUACUCCAUUUGUCAAGCCUUUCUCCUUUGUUGGCGUGGAUUACUUCGGUCCCCUGUUGGUCAAGCAAGGUCGCAGCCUUGUAAAACGUUGGGUAGUACUUUUCACCUGCUUAACCAUCCGAGCAGUACACCUCGAGAUAGCACACAGUUUGACAACGAGUUCUUGUAUUCUGGCAUUUCGACGUUUCAUCGCACGUAGAGGUUCACCCGUAGAAAUUUACUCAGACAAUGGAACCAAUUUCCAGGAAGCGAAUAAUAUCCUUAUGAUCCAGCUACAGCAAAUCCAUCAAGCUUGCGCAGUAACGUUCACAAACUCCAACACACGUUGGAAUUUUAAUCCACCGGCUGCUCCUCACAUGGGAGGUUCAUGGGAGCGGAUGGUCCGAUCAAUCAAAGUGGCCAUGGAAAGGAUUUCGAAACACCCUCAAAACCCUUGCGACGAGGUUCUGGAGACAGUAGCUAUGGAAGCAGAAUCGAUAGUCAACUCCAGGCCUCUCACAUACAUACCUCUAGAAACAGUGAAUUCUGAAGCGCUCACUCCUAACCACUUUCUGAUGUACGGCGAACGUGGCAUCAUUCAACCAAUCAGUUUGGCUGAACCGGAAGGAACUAUUCUUAGAGACAGUUGGAAACUAGCCCGAAAUUUGGUAGAUAUGUUCUGGAACAGAAGGGUUCGUGAAUAUUUGCCCACAAUAACCCGGAGAACAAAAUGGUUCACGCCGGUGAAACCCUUAGAGCCAGGAGAUCUAGUACUGGUGGUAGAUGAAAGUAAAAGAAAUGGAUGGCUCCGAGGACGCAUCUUGAGCGUCGUGAAAGCCGCUGAUGGACAAGUACGAAAGGCGUAUGUGAAAACAAUCAAUGGAGAAUGUUGGAAACCAGCAGUGAAAUUGGCAUUGCUAGACGUUAAGGUGGCUCCAGAGAGGACGACAUUACAGAGAGACAACGUUCCAGAUUCGUCGGAAAUCCACGGGAAGGGGAAUGUUCACGCAGUUUACAGUGUACCGCUAAAAAAACCAAUGUGUGAUAUAAAGGAGUGA